ACCGGGACGCCAUUGCUAGAACUAGAGGAGCUAGCAAUGCGGGGGCAGUUGCGAAAGGAUAACCACUGGGAAAGCGACACCCCACGCGGGUGCUGUGGUCGCAUGGAAUCCCAGGUAUACACUGGCAGCAGAACGAGACAUAGUGGCCUUCACCCACUGUAUCCGAGCACAUUAUUGUGUGAUACAUGCACUAGCUGGGUAGAAAGGAACAACCGGAGGCGUACGCAGCUCGAGGCCGACGGCUUGCUCUUGGAGUUCCAUCUAGAGGGCGCCAGAAACAUGGGGGAGGCAAUCGAAUGCGAAAACUGCCACAUCAUGGAAAGUAACCCGGACUGUCAUGGGUGCCCACACGAAGCCAAUCAUAGAACAGCACUGGUUCUGUGUCAUUUUGCUCGCGACAUCGGAAUGAGAAGGGAAAGCAUCGACCUCAGGACGCCAUCGACCAGUAUCUCGCCCAAUGCAAGCUGGCUAGAGAUCGAGAGAAUGGUGCCCGCUUUCAGUGCGACUUUUGCGGUGCAAUCGAGCCAAAGGUCAAGAAACCCAAACCAAAUGCCACAUCCCCCGGAACAAAGGGCAAAAAUGGCAAAAAGGACGGAAAGCCACGAAUCCGACGCUUCUGUAUAACGGAAGACACUGCCAAAGUUUGUUGCCCUAAAUGCAAGGCUAAGAGGGCCCGUGGAGCCUUGUAGGCGAAUGUUGACUGGCGAUGGGCCGAAGCUGCUUUCGGGAUGCUGCCUUUUGCGAUGAGCUGCACCAUAGUCACUUCCAAUGAGGCGGGCGGGCAUCUUUAUUUUCCGUCGUGAAGAGGGCCUUGCCUGCAGUGGCAAUCUUGAGAAAAGCAGGAGGAUAGUAGAACGGUAGUAGGAUAAGUUGAGUCGUCAACGGUUGAAGAACGCCGGCAAAACAGAGUUAUCACCGGACCGUGAUACAUAUGCCAGGUCUAGCAUGGCCGGGCGCGGCGCAUAGUCUUGGUAACAGCAAAUCCUUCUCAGCCUGAGCUGGUCAGCCCUGGCG